AUGAUGUGUGAUGGUGGAAACAAGGAGGGCCAAGUGCGGCGAGCCUGUCGGACAAUGGUGAGCGUGACACUGCUGCCGCUCUUGGUGCUGGUGGCUACUGCUGAUUGCUGUUAUCUUUUCCCCAGCGACGUUCCGGAUCCGUGUCGUGGUGUAAUUUGCGGGCCGGGUGCGCUGUGCCGGCCCACGCCCGAUGGCCGCGCGUACAAUUGCGAGUGCCCCACGUCGUGCCCCAGCUACGGCGACCACGAGGGCUCCAGACCACUCUGCGCAAGCGACGCCCGAGACUACCCUGGCGACUGUGAGAUGCGCAGAGCUGCCUGCGAAUCAAAUACAAAUAUAACUUUCAAGUAUUAUGGUAAAUGUGAUCCUUGCUCUGGAGUGACGUGUCCAGACCCUGAAGUGUGUCAGCUGGACGACCGACGGUCUCCAUCCUGCCGUUGUGCGGAACCCUGUCCCCUCGAGUUCUCCCCAGUCUGCGCCUCCGACGGGAAAACCUAUUCAAACGAGUGUCAGAUGCAUCGGGAGUCCUGUCGAGCCAGAAAGCAGUUGAAGAUUAUAUUUAAAGGACAGUGCAGUUCUGGUGUAAACCCUUGUGCCGAGUGGAGUGUAGGCACGGUGCGGAGUGUCGCGUUGAGGGAGGUGGUGCGGUGUGUGCCUGUCCACCACCCUGUGAGCCUGUCUUACGGCCCGUUUGCGGCUCGGACUCACGCACUCACGAUAGCGAGUGUGAACUGA